GGGUCGGGUGAUGGACGUAGCCUCCCGACCCAUUGCCAUCCCUACUCACGUCUCACGCCUCACGCUCACCCCCAGCCGACACUCUCACACUCACGCAGUCCGCCACCGGCGUCUCUGCCCUCCGCCAUCGACUAGCCUGGCCACCGCCGCAGCCACCACUCACGCAGUCUGUCACGUAGGCCGCACCACUCGCCUGGCCACCAGCGACCAAAGAGGCAGGCCCCCGCAUAACCCCGUUGGCUAGCGCAUGGUGCUUAUUUAGUUGGAAGUAAAUUGGGUAAUCACUGUUGCAUUUACUAGUCAACCAUUUUCUAAGGGAACUUAUAUAUAUAGCGGCGGCCAGAACCUUGUGCACUCCUAAUUACAGCACAACAUUGCAUAGGCUAAACCAUGAACCCUAGCUCUCCUUACCGCCACGAAGAACAAGACGACGAUGGCGAGGAUGUGUUUCUUGACGAAAGCGAUAUCAUACAGGAAAUCCCCGUGGAUGAGGAAGAGCUUCCAGAUGCUGAUGAUGAAGAUGGAUAUGGAGAUUGGGAUGAUGGUAUUGAAGGAGCAGUAGAUGAAGAAGAUUCAGUGCAUAUUUUCACAGGUCAUAGUGGUGAACUUUACGCUGCAUGCUGCAGCCCUACAGAUGCUACCUUAGUUGCAACAGGGGGUGGAGAUGAUAGAGGAUUUAUGUGGAGAAUUGGUCAAGGAGAUUUUGCUUUUGAGUUACAAGGUCACAAGGAUUCAGUAUCCAGCUUAGCCUUCAGUUCUGAUGGAAAGCUGCUUGCAUCUGGAAGCUUUGAUGGACUUAUCAAAGUUUGGGAUGUAGAUUCCAGAAAUCUGAAGUGCACACUUGAAGGUCCUGAUAAGGGAAUUGAGUGGCUCAAGUGGCAUCCAACAGAGCAUUUAAUCUUGGCUGGUUCAGAGGAUGGUAUUGUUUGGCUGUGGAAUGCUGAAACGGGUGCUUCUCUUAAUAUGCUUACAGGUCAUGGAGAAAGUGUGACCUGUGGUGAUUUCACGCCUGAUGGUAAUACGAUUUGUACUGGCUCAGAUGAUGCAACUUUGAGGAUUUGGAACACAUGGAGUGGUGAAAGCAUUCAUGUUGUGAGAGGUCAUCCAUAUCACACAGAGGGGCUGACAUGCUUGGCAAUCUUGGCAAUCGGCACGGUUUCAACACUUGUUCUCACGGGUUCAAAAGAUAGCUCUGUUCACAUUGUGAACAUCGCGACGAGGAAGGUUGUCAGGUCUUUGAAUGGUCAUUCAGAUUCAAUUGAAUGUAUUGGAAUUUCAAGAAGCUCUCGUGGCAGCUCUCUUUGGGUUGCAACUGGAAGCAUGGACAAGAAGCUCAUUAUCUGGGAUGUACUACAUUGGUUGCCUCGAUGCACAUGUGAACACGAGGGAGGGGUGACAUGCUUGUUGUGGCUAGGCACAUCGAGAUUUGUGGCUACAGGUUGUGUUGACGGGAAAGUACGGGUAUGGGAUAGCCUUUUAGGAAAUUGUAAUGCGACUUUUAGUGGACAUUCUGAUGCCAUUCAAUCACUAGCUGCAUCUUCAGAUUGGGAAUUCCUUGUUUCCGUUUCAAUUGACGGGACCGCCCGUGUGUUUGAGAUAUCAGCAUUCGAGUAAGAAAACACCUACUCCAUUGGUAGUCUGGGUCUUCCUGAACUCUAAUGUCAUCUCAUCAUGAAAACUGUGUAUCUAGCUUGGUCUGCUUUUGGCGCCUUAGGAGUGAACCGCCGAUUCAAAAUUUAUUUAUUUAUUGCAUAUUUUAUUUCCUGUUUCUAAAAUAGGAUAAAUGUAACAAUUAUUUUAUUUUAUUUUUCCAGUAAUGAAUUGUAACUAGAAUUGUCUCUAUUGUUUUGGUUCGGUUGCUACAAUGUCUGAUUCGGUUCGAAUUGAACUGUGGCCAUCUCUACAUUUAAGCAAUAAUUUUUUGGAUA